AUGUCUCAUUCAAGUCAUCAAGGUCCACCUAAUUUGUUAACAUAUAGUUUUAAAAAUGCAUUAUGGCCACCAAAUUUUAUAAAUGCUGAUAAUGUCUUGAAUUAUUUUUGUGACCCUGCUAAUAUAUUUUAUGAUAAGUCAUCUUGUAAUGCCGUUCUAACUAUGCAAAUGGGAAAUCAACAAUUAGAUAAUAAUUAUAUACAAAAUCAGUUAAUUAAUAUGACGGGUAUUCAGUAUGUUCUUGUUGGAAUUCACCAUCCAAUGUACAUAAUAUGUAAACAAGUAAGAAAUUCUCCAGAAGAAGUAACUCCUCAUUGUUAUUACUAUGUGAUGAAUGGUGUAGUUUAUCAAUGUCCAGAUAUGUAUUCAUCUAUCCAAUGUAGGCUUGUGUCAGCUCUCCAUCCAAUGAAAAAGGCAUUAACAGAGGUGAUUGAUCUUUGUAGAUUUAAUGUUGCUAAAGGAUAUUCUUGGGAAUUUAAAAAUAAAGUGACAAAAACGAAUGAGGAAGAGGAAAACAAAGACAAGGACUUUGAGGAUCCAGUGCAGGCCAGAUCUACAAAUUUCCAAAGAGUUAGAACAGAACAAAUAAUGAAAUUAAUGAUGAGAAAACACAAGUUUUAG